CAGCUUCCCACGUGGUCCGCAGGGCGGGCGCAUCUCAACUAGUUGAACGUGCAACUUUUAGGGAGGCAAACAAUCGGAUCCACUGGCAGUUGCACUUGCACAUCCGUGUCGGAUACUCCCCAACAGGAAACACCGACCUGCGAGUCAGGAGGCGCUUCUUCUCUGGUUGGCAUCCAGAUCGCUCCCGUCGGUGCGUGGCGUAAACCCGGUGCGCACUGCUGCUGCCCCUUGUUCCAAGACUAAUUUAAGACAGCGCUUUGAACCCUGAGCCUAGUGUGCUGGAGCUGGGUCUUGUGAAUGCGUUAAGAGCGCUGCUUAGUUGGUCCAAAGAAGCUCAUUACAGUUUUGGUUGCAGAACUACACCAACAAAUCAAAAGUUGUUUUUGGUAAUUUUUUCUUUUCACCAAGAGAACUUUGAAGCAGGAUUUCAUUAUGGAUACAGCCCGCGACUCUAUCGGGGAGAGUAAGCCGGUGUGUCAGUGUGCCCCAAAGUCUGCGGUCCGGCGGUGGCUGCCAGGUUUUCCAGUCGUUUUGUGCAUGCUGAUGUCCCUGAGCUCCAUCACCGUGUGUCUUCUGAUGAGCUUCAAGACCCUCCAGCUGGAGAGCCGACUGCAGAUGGAGAUGGACAAAGCGUCCAUCUUCCACCCGCCGCACAGGGCUUUUCUAAACGAGGAUGGGACCUUAAUUCCAGAGCUGAGCACCUCAAUAGGAAAGCUCGUGGAGGAGAAAGUGGUGGUGCUGAUGCCAAAAAUGCGGACUGCAAGGGAUGUUGGCCAAGAGUGCUCCUGUCCUCCAGGGCCUCCAGGAAAACGUGGAAGAAUGGGAAGGAGAGGGGAACCUGGACCUCCUGGCAAGGUUGGACGGGAUGGAUACCCGGGUCCACUUGGAUUGGAUGGUAAACCAGGUUUACCAGGUCCUAAAGGAAGCCAGGGACCAGCCGGACCCAAGGGAGAAAAGGGUGACCAAGGAGACAUUGGGCCACGGGGUCCCCCUAACUACAGCACAUAUGCAGGCCUGCACAGUAAUCAGAUUCUCACUGUCAAGGGCGAUCAGGGCCAGGCUGGACCCGCUGGUCCUCCUGGUCCCCCAGGUCCUCCUGGUCCCCGUGGCCCCCCUGGGAACACAGGCAAGGAUGGGCCCCGUGGCCCUGCUGGAGAGUCGGGUUUUCCAGGUCGUGAUGGCGUUGAGGGACCACAGGGAUUGCCUGGGAAGCCGGGAGAAGAUGGUGAGCCCGGCAAUCCAGGGCCACAGGGUCCUCCAGGGGCAAAGGGCGAGCCAGGAAUAGGAGAAAAGGGAGAGAGAGGCCUGGAUGGGCUCCCAGGAUUAAAGGGUGACAAAGGGGAAACAGGAGAGCAAGGACCAGAGGGACCCACGGGUUAUCCUGGUGAAAAAGGCACCGCAGGCUCCUCAGACAUCAUUGACUUCAAUGGGAAGCUUCUAGAUGCUUUUCAGGCCAUCAACACCAUCAGUGUUUCGGGCCCACCUGGACCACCUGGACCCCCAGGGCCUCCAGGGGAAAAGGGUGAGCUCGGUUUACCUGGCCCAGCGGGAGUUGAUGGGGAGAAGGGACCUAAAGGUGACAUGGGUGAGACAGGACCACCUGGCGAGAGAGGGGAGAAGGGAGAGAUGGGGCUCUCUGGGCCUACUGGUAUGGACGGACAGAAAGGAGAGAAAGGCGACUGCAGACUGGAUGACAACCUGGUUCAGAUGAUUUCCCAACCAGGCCCACCUGGCCCACCUGGCCCACCAGGAGUUCCCGGGUCCCCUGGAUCCACGGGGCUGCAUGGGAUGCCUGGUCCUAAGGGUGAGCCGGGAGUCGGGAUAAAGGGAGAGAAGGGUGACAUUGGUGCACCUGGACCCAGGGGACCUGAUGGCCACCAGGGUCUACCUGGAUCUGCAGGGUUAGUGGGUCUUCCAGGUGCAAAGGGAGAAAAAGGCAGACCAGGGGAGCCUGGACUAGAUGGUUUCCCAGGUCUGACGGGAGAGAAAGGUGACCGAGGGGAAAGAGGAGAGAAGGGUGACAGGGGAGCAGUGGGAAAGAGAGGUCUAAAGGGCCAGAAGGGAGAGCAGGGUCCUCCAGGCUUGGAUCAGCCUUGUCCUGUGGGACAAGAUGGGCUGCCCAUACCCGGCUGCUGGCACAAGUGAUGACUAACCAGCAGCAUGGAAUCUGUACAUAUUGAUCUGAGAUCCAGUGUUGUUGAGAAUGCUGCUGUGCUUUUGAAGACAAGAAACUGAACUGGCAGUUGGACUCUUACUUAGAAGGACAGUCCAGAUGACAGUGUUGGAGUGCCUUACUAACAAAGUCUGACUUGCUGCCUGAUUGUAAUGAUGAACGCUGUUUGGGAAUGACGGUGUGUGCCCCCCGGUCUCACAGACUGAUGGAUCCUUGGAUUGAUGGACAGAUCUCUUGGCAGAUGGAGGAGUGUGGGUCAGUACUCUCUUCUCUCUGUGUUUUCUGAAAGGAGGAGAUGGCGAGGCAGAAGCUCAAACGCAAGCGUCUCUCUCAGCCCUGAAGGGGGGUGCGGGGCCUGGUAGAGGAAAAAAAAAAGGACAUGUUGACAAGCAGAGGGCACGAGGGGGCAGGUUGGCCUCCGUGUCAUACUGAACACUCAGAUUCUCCGCUAGGGAAACUCUCCAGGAGGGAGCGACAGAGAACACCGCAUCUCCACAUUCACCUGGGAAGAGAAGACACACGUGACUGAUGAAGUUAAGCGACAGUUUGAUAAGUCUUUUGGGAGUCAAUGAUGUCACUGGCACAUAAGGAAGGAUUUACUGCACGGAUACAUUGAACAUGUUACGGAGAUCUCUUGUACGGCUCUUUUCUAAAGGUUUUCACUAAUUAAAUGCAUGAUCAUAACAAGGCGCAGUGUUGUUUAGCAUCCUGACAGCUUGUAUGACUUGUGGUCCCUCAUUGCAACAUCAAGUGACAGUAGAUUCGUUUUUAUUUGCAGUAAGCAGUCUUUAAUAGUCUUUCCAUUUGAACAAGCCACUCGGAAAAGUCAGUAAGUCGACCUUUUUUAUGGCUUACACUUGCAGCAGUGGUGACUUGUGUGUUGUUUUAUUUUAUUCUGUUAUAUUCAUAUCUGAUUUUGUCCAGUGACAUUUUGCAUUCCUAUGCAUUGACAUGUUUGUGGAAUAUAUAGAUAGUGAAACUAAAACUAAAAGACCAGAUCUGAAGGAACCAUUCACAGUAUUCAUGUUAAAUCAGUGUUCCAGUGUUUCAACCAUGGAGCCGGUCGACUCCAGCAUUAUACCGUUUCAUGUUUUAGUUCUUUAAACAGAUGUUUGCCAAUCAAAUCCUUUUCUUAAUAAUUUUCAGCAUCAGUGAUCAUUAUCUUUUAAUCACAGAUGAAGACAUGUUAAAUUACUGUUGCCAGUUUUACUGUUUUAAGUUCCUGCUGCUGACUUAAAUGUGUGUUGUUUGUUUGAUAUUUUUGAACCAAUAUUAGUCAUUGGGACUGAUGGACUAACAGACUUAAGUAUGAAAAUUGAAACAAAUGUAUACAAAACAAUUGAUUUUUUUUUUUGUGGUAAUUAUUCAUUUCAAUUCAGCAAUACACCUUAGCACAGUGGUUUAUAACUGUAAGUUAUGAGGUGUUUUUUGUGUGUGCUUUCUUUCAACAAGUUUUAGUCUUUGUAAUACAUUUUUAAUACAUUUUUUUCUCAGAUGGAAUCAUUUUGGUGCUUAAAUAUUUUUUAAGAACUCUUAUCUACCUGUUUAAAGCUAUACUCUUCAUACACAUGCACACUAUGCUCAGCAAAACAACACACGUACACAGACACACAUGCAUCAUGGCUACACGUAUACAGGACAGAUUACAUGGAAUCAUUAUUUGGUUCUGUUUACAUGUGUAGAAAUACAUUUACAUUAAUGGGAAAUAGUAUUACUUUUUCUUAGUAGACAUCUGUAUAUUCUACAUUGAUAUUAGUUGCACUUUUUUUAUACAAUAUGAAUAAUAUUAAGCAAUCAUCUUUUUUUAAGGCAGAGUGCGUGUUCAGGUUAAUAACUAGUCAUGACUUACCAGCAAGCAUUUACAGAAUUUUCAUUGUUAGCCUGAAUAUGAACAAUCACACUAUUUUAUUGGUUGAUUAUCUUCAGUCACCGUCAACAUGCAGGCUGCUAUACAUUUUUAAUUCCAUUUCUUGUCCACAACCACAAACCUUGCAAUAUUUGCAGAAUAUCAAACAGUAGCUUUAAGUAAUAUUAGUGUUGUUUGAAAUACUUUUUUUUUAAGUUCUUAAUCUGAUUUCAGACAGGAUCUUCAAAUUAAUCAUAAGAACACAAACAGAUAAGUAAUAUGUGAAAAAAUGAAAAUAGAAUUUUCUAUUCCAAUUAGGUAAAAUUGUUCAAAGAUAAAUUUAGUAGAAGGAUAACAGUGUUGGUUCAGUAUGAGAAAACGCAGUAUAUUGAUAAUACUAACUUCUUCUCUGUAAUUAAAGCUAGCUGACCUGUUAAAUGGCACACGUUAUGUUGCAAUAGUCAUGUUGCAGGCCACAUUUCCCUGCAGUGGUAGUUCUUGUUUAGGUCUGAAAUGACAAUGUGCAACAUCUCUGAUCAGUUUUAUUUUUGCAAAGAUCCUUUUACAUUAUAUCUGCAAAGUGCCAAAGUUGUAUUACUGACAUCACAAAAAAAACAAUUUCCAUAUCAGUGGCAUAAACUUGAUGUAAAGUCCUUUUUUUUUUUUUUCACUUCAGAAGGGUUUGUAAGAAAGUUUAGUGCAUCAUAUAUUACUGCAAGAGUUAAAGGUAUUUCUAUGAAACAAAUAUCUGUAAAUGAGUUGCAUAUCUUUAAGCUAAGACAGAAUAGCUGACACACAAACUUUAUUUGCGAAUCAUGUUGAGUGAGAAAUUAUAUCGAAAGCAGAAUGGUUUCCCUGCAAAUCACGCAGGUCUUCAGGCAUUAUUUUACUGGAAACUGAUGGUUAUCUGUCACUUAACAUUAUUAUAUGUGUUUAUUUCUUUUGCAGAUUCUAUCAGUUUCCGUUUGAAGGCUUAAUGAAGCCAAUAAAUGGCACAAUAUCUGAAUACAGUUUGAUGUUUUAGCAAUCAUAUAUCACAGUAUUAGCUUGACUUUGUGAGAAUGUUUUUCGGUUGUGUAUUUGGUUGUAAAAGAAUUAAGCUAUUUUUGUAAUUACUUGUCUAAAUAUGUAUAACUUGAAAUCUGGUUAACUAAACAUGUAGACUGAAAUAAACUCUCUGGUUUUAUGGUUUCUUGUCCAUUAAAUCAUAUAUAA